AAACAAGAAUAAUACAAUAUCAAAAUAGCAACAGUAAAAAACUCUCAUUUCUUUGUAGUUUUUGAAAAGAAAAAGAAGGAGGAAAACCAAAUUGAAAAGCGACUAUCUUCUCUUCCAAGUUUCCAGUUUCUUCUGAUUGUCCCAAAUCAUGUUCAAGCAGUUCUGGGGUUCUCAAGGGCAACAAGCUCAACAACGUCCACAGGAGGGUAACAAUGAUCCAUGGUAUGCACCAUCUGCAAGCAGCUCUCCUGGGUCUUCCCGUCCCACAACUCCUAGUCCAAGCUCUUCAGGAAGCUUUGGUGCCCAAAGACCAACAGAUAGGCCAAGCUCAGCAUCACACGUUUCCCCUGCAGAGGCUGCAUGCAUUAUAAAUGCUUUAAAGGAUAAAAGCAUUGAUGAGCUAAGGAAGCUUCUAUCUGGCGACGAUGCUUAUCAGAAUUUCUUACUUUCACUUGAGCCUGUCAAAACUCAAAAUAAGGUCAGGGAUGAGCUUCGGAAUGAAACUUUGCAGCUUGCUAGGGAGAAUUUAGAGAAAGAACCACGGAUAAUGGAGCUUAGGAAUCAGUGCAGAAUCAUCCGCACCACUGAAUUGGCUGCUGCUCAAGAAAAGCUGCAUGAAUUGGAAAGGAGAAAAGAAGAGCUUUUGAAAUUAUACUCUCCUGGAUCACUCCUCCAUCGCUUACAAGAUGCCAUGAAUAAGACAGAUGAGGAAUCUGAAAGUCUACACAGACAGUUUCUUGAAGGGGAAAUUGAUCUUACAACAUUUGUGCAGAAGUACAAAAAGCUGCGAUACAGUUACCACAAACGUGCACUCACACACCUUGCUGCAAAGACAUCUGUAACUGGCUGAGUGUUGCUUAAUAUGUAACUGGCUGAAUGUUGCUUAAUAUGUAACUGGCUGAAUGUUGCUUAAUAUGAUAUGUGUGAAUACUAUAGCUGAGCCUGUCUUUGCUGCUUAAACUAAGUGUGUACGAGAGAUUGCUUCAGAUGUAAUAUUGUGAUUAAUUUCUGCCGGCUUGGCCUCCACUGUGUAGCGUGCUUGAUAUAAUAGAGGACGACUAUUUUUUCUUGAUAAGAUCAGAAAAAAUAUUAGAUUAAUGGUGGUGUAUAAGUCAGAAAAUGGUCAGUCUCAUCUUA